UACUGCAGUUAUACUAAUGUAAAAACCCAAUGGCCCAAGUACAUAGGAGAUGGGAGUGAAUCAUGGAUUUUCACAAGAAAGAAGGCACAUCUGGAUUGUUUUAGAAGCCACUGGUGGGUCAUUUGGCUCAUUCUGUAUGUUUCAGAAGGACUCCAGUGUUUGAACUAAGUCACAGAAAAGCAGACCUUCUCCGCUGCAGGUUUCACCAGUGCACAUUUGAAGAUGAGUGGUUAACCCCUGUGCAUAUGUUGGAUCCCCUUACCAAUCAAGAACCUAUCUAGCUCCACCUUCCAUAUAUUGAGUGUCGGCUUGACUCAAACACCAGAACUACAGAUGUGUUUUGAAAAAUAGAAGCAGUGAAUAAAACCUAACUUGAGCUGGAAAUGAAAGUCAGACUGCAAGCAUGAAGUUUUCAGACUGAGAGAAGGAAGUUACCAGCCAGCAGCCCUUCAGGAGAAGAUACUGAAAUUAAAGGAUAUUGGAACCUCCACAGAUUUGAGGAAGACACCACAGAAAAAAACAAAGUAAAUUCAGGUUGACUGAAUUUUAGUGAAUUUUGUUGAGUUAAAUAAUUCAAAGUGGAGCAGCCAAAAGAAGCAGAUCUCACUCCGAGCAAGUUGAACGGAGUGACUAAAAAUGAGGGUGUGGACCAGAAUUCUGACCCAGGCCAUCAGAACACUGAACAUUGCAACCCCAAGAAUGACUGUGUGACCACAGAAAUGAAAGAUUUAUCUCGGCAGUCCGAGCAGCCACUGCCACCUCUUACUGAACGGAAGAAUGUUCUCCAACUCCGACUCCAACAACGCCGAACCCGUGAGCAGCUAGCAGACCAAGGCAUCAUGCCCCCACUAAAGAGUCCAGCUGCAUUCCAUGAGCAGAGGAAAAGCCUGGAAAGAGCGAAGACGGAAGAUUACUUAAAACACAAGAUUCGGAGUAGACCUGAGAAAGCAGAUCUGGUUAAUAUGCAUAUCCUACAAGAUACCGCUGCAGAGGGUACACUUCAAGCAACACAAAUGAAACUCAAGAGGGCGAGGCUGGCCGAUGAUCUCAAUGAGAAGAUAGCCCAAAGACCUGGACCCUUGGAACUCGUGAAGAAGAACAUAAUUCCUGUAGAUUCAGCCGUCAAAGAAGCAAUCAAUGUUGGCCAAGUUAAUUUCCCAAAAGCCCCUGAUACAUUUUCCUUUGAGGAAGAUAGCAGCAAUGAUGCACUGUCUCCAGAGCAACCCAGAAGUCAGGAAUCCCAGGGAUCAGAGAGUUCGCCAUCUGAGCCAAAAUUCACAGAGUCAUCAUCACCACUAGCAACUACUACAAUACAGUAUUUGCCUCACCUCUCCCAGCAGUGUGAUCUAAACAGGACUACAUCUAACAACCAGAUCAACCAGCCAGGAAGCCAAAAGCAGCUGAAUGGGCAGAUAAGCACACCAAUACCAGUGCCAGCUAUAGUUAAAACCAAACUAUCUCCUGAUGGAAAAAACCAGCGCCACAAGAAGCCAAAGGAUACAAAACCAAAGGUGAAGAAACUGAAGUAUCACCAGUACAUUCCACCAGAUCAAAAGCCAGAGAAAUCCCCACCUCCAAUGGAUUCAGCCUAUGCCAGGCUGCUCCAGCAACAACAGCUCUUCCUCCAGCUGCAGAUAUUAAGCCAGCAGCAGCACCAUCAGCAGCAUCAUUAUAAUUAUCAGAACAUUCUGGCCACAUCCCUAAAGCAGUCUGGUGAGCAGCUUUCCCGAAACACUUGCACUUCAACGACUACUGUCUCAAACAGCAGUUUGACCCCAAUGAAGUCUGCAAUGUCCAGUCAAACCAGUGGCUCUCCUUUGAAAUUGGGACCUCUUCCAUCCAAUCUGGAUGACUUAAAAGUCUCAGAGUUAAGGCAGCAGCUGAGAAUACGAGGUCUUCCAGUGUCUGGUACGAAAACUGCACUCAUGAAGCGGCUGAAACCGUUCCAAGACCCGAAGAGUAGCCCCCUGCCGGCCAGCAGUACCAGCACGAGCUCCACAGGUUCGGUCAGCGAGAUGACAGCCGUGACGUUCCCGAUGACUCCCGUGACCACGCUCUCAACCUUUCAGACUCAGACUGCGACCACGGUGCUGCCGAAUGGAUUUUACCAGUUUGGCAGCACCAGUUCGACGCCUCCCAUUUCACCGGCGUCGUCCGAUCUCUCUGUCACCGGAUCCGACUUGAGCGGCUUACCGGAUACCUUCAGCGAUGUGCCUGUGUCUUCCCCGGUUCACCUGAGUGCCGAAGACAGCCUGAUGAGUAGCAUGAAUGGAGGCAGCGUCCAGGUGGAACUGGACGGCUUUGACACCCAGAAGGACAAAAUGCUCAUGGAGAAGCAGAAAGUUAUCGACGAGCUGACUUGGAAGCUGCACAUGGAGCAAAAGCAAGUGGAGGAACUGAAGAUACAGCUUCAGAAGCAGAAACAGAAUAAUCAGCAUGACCCACAGGCUUCCUCCCAGACACUCUUCAGUGCAGCUGUUAAGCAGGAAAACCUGAUGUCCAGUUGCCCAUUUGCAGCACAGCAGGUGAAUGACAGAAAUACAACGCCGAUGGUCUCCUCCACAUCCAGCAACAGUUCUACAGAGAGUUUAAACACAUCCGGUACCCCAUCAGGAAUGGCGACCAGUCAGGCGUGCAUGGAAGCUGCAGAGCACAGUGCAGUGAGGUCCCCACCAUUUCUGAGUCCACAGUGCUCCCCUCAGCAUUCUCCAGUGGGAGGCCUGACCAGCAGCCCUCAGCAUGCCAGCCUUCCCCCAUCUCCCAACAAUCAUUUCCUCCUGCCGGUGUCGCCCGCCCCGCAGAAUGGAGACGGCCGCAGUGUUUCGCCCCAUCAGCUUCAGUCCAUUCCCACUUGCAGCAGCCAACUCAAGAUGCAGGCCACAAAGGGACAGGAGCCUCAGCACCAAAAUGGCAGUCCACAAUUCCAACAGCUCCAACAACAUAUAAUACGACAGCAGAUACUCCGAAAGAUGAAUGCUCCUAACUCUGCAAAUCAACUUGGCCAAAAGUUUGUCAUCAAUACUACUCCAUUCGGUAGUUCAAACUCAACCCUUAACAAGAUCAAACAACCUCCUUCUUAUGAAGAUGCAGUAAAACAGUUUAAUCUUGUAUAUCUGCAGCAAAUGUCUAGAAGCCAGAUGGACGAUCUAUUGGACGUGCUGAUUGAGAGUGGAGAAAUGCCACCUAAUGCAAAAAAUGAUCAUCACUGUGCUCAGAAAUCACUGCCUCAAAUCACAGUAUCAUCAGGAACUUCCACUGUAUCUGUGCCUAGGACUUCAUCAAGUCCUUUUAGCCAUAUGUCUCCUCCCCAGCUAUCAUUUGACCAUUGCACCAGCAACAGCGACAGUCAGUUACAAGCCCUGAUGAAUUCCCGCAGCUCUUUGAAUCGCGGCAGUGAUCUUGCACUGCUGAAAAUUGGCAGUGAAGAUUCCCAGCUAGACAACGUGGCUGAGGGCUUUUCUGGUAACUCCCGAGAGGACAUGCUGAACACGCGAGAUAUCCUGGAGAAUCCCCUGUCACCGAUGGAUACCCAGAUGUCCCCUUCUCCCACACAUGCCCAUGUUAUGAACCUAGGUCUUACAGAAACUCCUUUAGAGAAUAUGGACUGGUUGGAUCUCACACCACCUAGCUCAGCAGCCGGUUUUGGACCUGCUGGCUCCACCACACCAAGUAUCUUCUCCGCAGACUUCCUGGAUGUUACAGACCUGAACUUAAACACAACCAUAAAUUUACAAUGGUAAUAGGCUGAGCGGGCUACAAACUAUAAGUACAUUUGGCGUCAUUCGAAUUGGGGUGUUAAGUAAAAUGCAAGUAUACUGCUAAGGUAUACCAGUCAAAGAAGUCAUGUUGGCAAAGAUAAAGUUAAUGAAAUGAUCCAGUUGAUCAACCAUAAGAUGAUUAUAUGGUUGUUGCAUGUAGUAAUAACCAGGUUACUGAAAGAGUUAAAAGCUUUAUAAACUGCGUUCACCAUGUUUUACUGGAAGCAAAGUGAACAUAAAAUCCACUGCCAAAGAGUCUACGUCUAAAUCUGACUGAUUUGGCAGGAAAGGUCGAAAAGGACUGAGAAUAUUGGCCAACUCUCAUUCGGGCCUUGUGCACACAAUCUGCAUUAUACCUUUUGUACAUAGUCUACAUUUGCCUUUAUCUUUUGCAAGACUUUUUAUAACUUUUAUCGAGAAAAGGAUUCUUUACUAGACAAGCAAUAUUUGCUAUCCCGAAUAUUGAAAAGUAUUACAAUACUGGCAUCUUUUCUGAACUGCAUUUGCAAGAUCACACUACUUUAUGCAAGUAUUUGAUUAUUUGUAUUGUGAAUAUGUUAUGGUUCACUUUGCACAGUUAACAGUAGAGGAGUUGUCACUGUUUGCCUUGUUUUAGACUUUUUUUAGGUGUUAAAUUGUUAGAAGCCAUUCCAUGCAGAUAUUUGGUAGUAUUUUCAAAAAUUAUUAAGUUUAUGAAACUGUGCAGCAUAUUGCUUUGCAUUACAGAUGCUUUUUAAUAGACUUACUAGUGUUUGAGGGUGUUGGAGGAAAGAGGUAAUGUUUGAUAUUUGAUGAAGCAACAUGUCAACCCCUGUUCCUCCCCUGUGCCCACACCCCCAAAAAGGGUAUCAAUUUGCCAAAUGUGGCAAUUUAUGCAAUCAUUUUAUAUGUAAAGAAAACAAAACCAAGGUUAAAAAAAAAUUAUUUGUGCUGAAGUUGUGACUCCCUACAAGCAUAGGAAAAUGUUAAACCUGAGUUCAUUGCACAGUAGCAAGCCAGCAUCAGGCUUGGCAUUAUAUGCAAUUGUUUUACAACUAACUCGGGAACUGACCAACAAAACUAUUUUUUUAUAUUUUCCACAAGAAAUCUUGAGGCCUAUAACUGAAAAAAAAGUAAAUGAAACAUCAAUUUGAAAGGGAACAAUAAUGAAUUGAAAAUAGACAUCACCUGCAUCAACCCUUGUCUUAGUGUAAAGAAAAUAGUUUAUUUUUGGUAAUUUUUAUUCAAAGCAAGGAAGUGCUCAGAAAACAAAAGUAUUUUCAUACUAUUUUGUAUCUUAUAUUAUCCCUUUCUGCAAUGAUAUCUAAAUGAAAAGAACUUCACAUUGCUUGCUUGGAAUAACAUACUAUUCAGAAAUCCCUGGCCAGGUCAGUAUUGUGAAGUUUGAGGAAAAUCUUUGUCAAAGGAUUUGCUUGUUACCCCUUUAUAGUCAUUGUGUGGCUGAUAUAAAAUUCAUAUUGCCCUAUUCACCCUAAUUAGUUAAAUAUUUUCAAAAGGAUUUUUUUAAAAAGUAAAGAUAUUAUGCAGUUAAUGAAUACUUAAUACUCACAAUGUUUUCUCCUGUCAUUCCUUAUGAUUAUCGAGUUUACCUCUUUGCUGAUGACGUGCACAGCUUCCUUCAAAGAAUCAGUAAAAUGUACAGAUCAUUUUGAAGAAUGGAUGACAGGAAUCAGAAUGAUUGAAAGGGAUAAACAAUCAUCUUAAAAUGUACAUCAACCCAAGAGCAGCACUUCACGGUCCAAGUUUGUUAUUUCUCCUCCCUCUUAAUCAAUAAUAUUUCCUGAAAUGCCUUUUGAUUCAAUAAUGCCGUAAAGAUAUAAAUGAUCAUUCUAAUCUACAUAUAGUAUAUCCCAUUCCAAUGCUAAUACAUUGUCUUGUGUGAGCAGUGACUCUACGAUAUGACAGUGGUUGCUUGUAAACUGGAUGAGGCACAUGGUGUUUAAAUUAGAUUCCCUACAGUAUGAAAACAGGCCCUUUAGCCCAACAAGUCCACACUGACCCUCUGAAGAGUAACUCAUUCCCCUACCCUAUAUUUAACCCUGACUAAUGCACCUAAUACUAUGGGCAAUUUAGCACGGCCAAUUCAAUUGACCUGCACAUCUUUGCACUAUUUGAAAGGCCAGCAAGCUGAUCUUCUGAUCGACGACAGACUAAAAAACAAAUAGGCAGGUGAAGGUUUGAAAUCAAGAAAUUUCUUGGCUUGAGCAGCAAUACUGAGAAUACAUGUUCUCCUACUGUAAUCUCCUAGUCAGGAAUACAAGAAUCAAAAUUUGUUCACCUCCAGCAUUACAAUGUAUUUGUUUAUGCAUUGACAUUAUGAUGCUUUUCCGGUUUAGAAAUAUAUUGACCAAAUCAGUUUUUCAAAAGAACAUUCUUUUAAGGUGGCACCCCACCCCUUCUAUUAUAUUAAAACCAGAUCCUGAAAUAUCAAAAUUGUUCAGCAAAUGGAACAAAGUAGGUAAACAUCAGACCAUCCAAAUUUACUAUACAUGCAAAAACCUGCAAAAAUGACAAAUUAUGGUCUGGGUUUUGAGGUCCCUUCUAUGGGACGGCAUACCCCACUGACUUCAAAGAAAGCUGCCCACAAGAACCAGUGAUGUCUGUAACAUGGUCUUCCCUUUCCAGCCAACAGUUCAAAUCUAGCACCAGGGAAUGUCUUGCUGUAAACUGCAAUGAUGUCAACAAGAAAGUAAAUAGCCAAUACAGUUGAAAUAUUCUCCCACAGUAGGUUAGGAAGCUAAACACACCUUAUAUUUUAUGAGUUACGUUUUCUGAAAGUAAAGUAAAUGAUUAUGAUGAAUUGAGAUUGAAGCUAAUACAAGCAUCAAAAAAGAAAAAUAUAAACUAGGAAUUGCUUAUAUGAAUGGAAAAUAUUGACAUUCCCCAAAAUCUAACUGAUCUUUCAGGGCACUGAUUCUGGUAUUGCACUAGUUAUGAAAUGAUGCCAUUAAAAACACAGUUACAUUCAAUAAGGUAUAAGGGUUUUACAACGAAGCCAACAGCCUGUGGAAUUUCUUGUUAAUUCAAUGGAUUUCCAUUGACUAUAGUUAAAAUGGCAACAUUUGGUGAAGCAAACUAUUGCAGACAGCACACUCUGGAUUUCCAUAUUAUUCUGUGUACUUGCAGACCCCUGCAAUUGCUGGGAGUUUCAGUGGAAUUACGCUGAUUGUUUCACAGUGAUUGCUACUGCAAAUUCUAGGCCUAUGUAUUCAAAGAAACUGUUUAGAAAUAGUUAUAAGAUGAGCGAGUUGAGCCACCUCAAAAAAUAUGAAUGGAAUCAUAAUUGGCAGUAAAAGAUAGCAACUAAUUGAUUCUUUAAAGUAAAAUAUUUACACUAGCUACAUUAUUUCAAACCAACGUAUUCAGAAAUCUAUUUCUAUUUCUGAUGUGGUGUGCGUUAUCUCACCCUGUAAGGUCCUGUCCCUUUUUCUUUCAGCUCAAAGCUUUGGCUUACCAUAUAGAGGUUAUGGUUAGCCAAAUUUAAUAGAGGUACUACUCGAGUUAAAACAAAAAACAAUUUGAAACAGCUUACCAGCAAAAAGCAUGAUUAAGCUUCCCAACAUAAGUCAAAUCAAACUCAAAUGAGCUGAGUAUUUGGUUGCAGAUCCAACUUGAGCUGAAUGAACAAUCUUCCAAUCAGAAAAAAAGCCUGCCCUUCCUAGCCACAUCCCUGAUAAAACAGCAACAGUAUUCUGUUAUACUGCUGAUCAGCCUUAGUCAGGUAUCACAUUGCCAAGACUGUCACUCACCAUCCCUUACUAAGCACGCUCUCCCCUACUUGGUCCCUCAGCUCAAGGAGCAAAGGAUGUGAAAUCUUUUGGAACCAAGCAAGCAAACCUCAAUGGGACUGUACCCGCAACAAUAUUCUUGAUGUCUUGUCUUCCUGUUGCAGCUUAAUCCAGCUCUGCUUCAUAAAAGGCACAAAAUAUACAAUCAUUUUAUAAAGGCACUGAACUUCAUUGUCCUUAAUUUGCGGUGGUUCUUCAAUUGAAACUAAGUUAUGCACCCAUCCAAAGGUUAAUUACUUUUCCUGGUGUUGGCUGAUCAUACCAGAGGCUUGUGCCAUUUCAGAGAUAGUGCAUAGGAAGUACAUCAACACAUUACCGCUUGGCUCAUACUAUGACAUCUUUUCCUUCCUUAAUCCUGUAAAGUCUGCCUCUUAUUAGAUGCCCUCUAUGCACACAUUUUAUCAGUGUCACCCAAUCAGAAUUGACAAUUAGAGUGCACAAUAUGGUAAUAUUGUCUGUGUAAAAUUGCAGCUUGCAUGCUACUUUUUAUUGCAUCAAGAUAAAGACGUAUGAUCAGAAUUCCAGCUUUCAAAUCUGUAUAGCCAAACCGUUAUCUGGGAAAUUGUUCACUAAAUAUUUUACAUAUCAAAUCUGAAGUCAUCAUGUGGGAUAAACGAAGCCCAAAGUCUACCCCGAUAUGUCCUGACCAGUAUCUGUAGCAAAACUGCUCUGGUCAAAACAGCCAAGCUUUAAAAUAAGCUCAUUGGUUUCAAAUCUAGUGGUAAGUCACAGAUUUACAUGGGGUUUUAUGUGCAAGAAUGGAAUUGAGCUGCUAGGGAAACUGGAUCUGCCUCUUAUUGGACAACUAAUUUGUACAAAAAUCACAACUACAACUUCUAGAGUUGCCUUUUGUGCAUUAAAUUUUACUGGGCAUCAUAAAAUGCUCACAAAGUUGUUUGCAGUAAAUACUGAAAAAUUAUAUUGGACAAGUCAGAGUGUGACAGUUUUUUUUAUUCUUCUGCUACCUACUAUCCUUUACCUUUUACCUUUGGCGUUCCUUACACAGCUCCUAGGCUGGUAACAGUGAUGGCCUUUCUCUAAUGUGCUUGUCUCUGCAGAGCUCCUCUCACAAAGGGCUAGGAGCAUGAGGAUUCAGAGUUGUAGGGCUUGUUGAAAUCUGUGUUCUCCUAUUGUAAUGCAGUACAGCUGUAUACCAAAGAGAUUUAUACCUAGGUGGCCCCCAAGCACAGAAUGCAGCAUGUUAACUUGAUGUGGAAAUGCCGAUGUUGGGCUGGGGUGGACAAAGUCAGAAGUCACACGACACCAGGUUAUAGUCCAACAGACUUAUGUAAAAUCACAAGCUUUCAGAGUGCUCCUCCAUUGUCCUUCACCUGACAAAAGAGCAACACUCUGAAAGCUUGUGAUUUUACGUAAACCUGUUGGACUCUAACCUGGUGGCAUGUUAACUUACAAGACAUUUUGUACAAAAUGAAUAAUCUCCAACUUCCGGAACUUAACCAAGUGUAAGUUGUGUUGCUUGCCUUUUGAGUUAAACAUCCCACAAAAGUUUUCAUGUGAAAUGAGGCCGAAGGGGAUUUCCUUUUAGAUAUUGAAAGAUUUAACCUGUUUCAUAACUUAACAGCAGCACCUGCCUUCAAUAAGUAUGAUCAGGUUUUCAAAUUCUUGCUGCUGAAAAGCCAUCUAGAGCACAGUGUUUCACGUUGACAAUCAAGACUAAUGGAGGGAGCAACAGCCCAUUGAUACAAGAUGACCACCAUAUCAAACUGCCUCAAAGAGUCAUUUGACCAAUCCUGUGGGCUAAAUUCUUUCUGUAUUCAUAUAUGCCUUAUUUUUGCACUUUGUAAAUAUAUGUAUUUUCUCAUGGUGUACCAUUUAACACAACAGAAAUUUUGCUUUGUGUAUAUAACGGCAAUAGUUUAGAAGCCAAAGUAUUAAAAGAAAAGCUACAUAAACAUUAAAAAAAAUGUUUUUGA